GUGCCAAUCCCAACCUAAUCUCCCAAACACGCCCUUAAUUUCUUCCAUUUGAAAAUGGAGGCGGCUUCAAAGUCUAUUCUGAAGCGCUGACAGGUACCUUAUUCGAUUAUAAAAAGGUGUUCUAGCAAAGCAAUUUCCAAGAUCAGAUUCUUAAAGCUUAAAGGUGUCAUCGGAGAUGGUCAAAGCUCUGGUUUUGCUGUUCUGCCUUGCUGCUCUCUGCGUCUCCUCUCAAUCAAGACUCAUCAGUCCUGCAGUUUCAGGUCCCCAUGUCAGCAGAUCUUUCAAGCUCAACUCCACUCAGAAUGCCGGAAGCUGCACUUAUACAGUAAGGAUAAAGACGAGCUGCUCUUCAACUUCCUACACGCGGGAUCAGAUCAGCCUUGCUUUCGGUGAUGCGUAUGGAAAUCAGGUCUAUGCACCAAGGAUAGACGACCCACGUACAAAGACGUUUGAGAGGUGCUCAACCGAUACCUUCCAGAUAUCUGGGCCAUGUACAUACCAAGUCUGCUAUGUGUACCUCUACCGGAGCGGAUAUGAUGGGUGGAAGCCUGAGAUGGUCACUAUAUCCGGUUACUACACGAAGAGCGUCACCUUCUAUUACAACACCUUCGUCCCCAAUGGUGUGUGGUUCGGUUUCAACCACUGUGGGACCUACUUAGCAUCAACGCCCUCGUCCUCAUCAUCUUCAUCAUCAUCAGCAGCAGCAGCCUAGAUGAUAAGAACUUGCCUUGGCUGAUAAUGUUUCACUUUUCUUGUGUUCUUGUUCUUCUCUUGGGGAGAAAUGAGACUAUGUACUGUUGUUUAUCCGGUUCGAAUAUCUCAAACCUUGAAUAAUUAUGGGAGAGUGUUCUCUAUUUCCAAUGUCGAACCUUGUUCUCUCUUUUUCGGUGAAAAUGAAACCAUCUUUUUGGUUGUUUAGCUCCUCGCCGGGAUAUUAAAUGAUAAAAUAAAAAAAGACGUGAAAUUCGAUGC